CUUUACGCGUCUUGCCGUUUAUUUAUCCAGCCAGCGUUUACGCUGAACUUCGUCGCCCUGGCCGGUCAGGAGGCGGCCGUCCAAACAUCCCCGGCGCUCCCGGCGCUUCCUUGUUCCGAGCGUAAAAUCCUUCUCGUACUUUCGGCCUCUCGGCGAUUUACCGAAACGUUUGUUUUUGUUGUUUUUGUUUUAGCGGUGUGGGGAGGAGCGAGGAGCGCGUCCAUCAUGACCGAGGCGGACCCGGGCGCGGUCGCCGACGCUUACCUGCUCCACCGGGCAGCGCGGGAGGGGAAGCGGGACCUGCUGCGUACCUUGAUGCGCAACGGCCACAGCCAGCUGAGCACCGACGGCCUCGGCCGCAGCCCUUUGCACGAGGCGGCCGAGGCCGGCAACAUCGGAUGUAUACGAGAGCUCCUCAGCAAGUUUUGCUGCUACAGCGACAUGGUCGACUAUGUAAACAAAAAGGCUCUUCAGGGAUGCAAUGCGAUGUCACUCGCUGCCGCCAAAGGCCAUGUAGACAUUGUCAAACUGCUGCUGAAUGCAGGCAGUAAGAUCAAUAUCAAAGAUGGAGAAGGACUCACUCCUCUCCAUCACGCUGUAUCAAAUUGUCACUUGGAUAUGGUUAAGGUGCUCAUCAGAAAGGGGGCAGAUGUCAAUGCCACAAAUUUCAAACAUCGGUCCUGUCUUCAUGAUGCUGUUGCACUGGGUCUCAGUGAGAUUGUUCGCAUUCUGGUACCUCUGUGCCAUUUAGAGCUGCGGGACAAUAAACAAAAGACAGCCCUGUUUUUGGCUGCUAGGAAGGAUUCCAACAUUUGCUUGGAAAUCCUGGCUGAUGCAGGUGCCUGUGUGAAUACCCAGUUAGACGACUGCACAACCCCACUGAUGGCCGCAACAAAGAAUGAGUCCGAGGCUUGCGUGAAGACCUUGUUGAGGCACAAUGCCAACCCAAAUAUUGUUUGCAGCCGUUUAUGGCCAAAACUCCCCAUCCAUACGGCCGCCAAGUUGGGAAACGGGAAGAUCCUGAAAAGCCUCAUUGAUGUGACAGACCGUAACAUUGACCACAGAAAGGGAAUGGUAAGUCCAGUGUACGAAGCUGUGGAGAAUCCUCAGAUGCUGGACCUAUUGCUGAAGGAGGGAUUCAACCCCAACGGCCAAGACUGCAAAAACGUCUAUGACAUAGACUCACCACUCGCCUUAGCGUUGUCUUAUGCAGUGGAUGAGCUCAUUGACAGCCGUUCCGUUGAACUUCUGGUAGAGGCAGGAGCGUUGGUGACCAAGGACUCCUGGGACGUGUUUUUAAUAGAACCAGAGUUUCUGAGCACGCUCCUGGAGCACAGGCAGAAAGUCAGCAAAGAGAAGAAGAGGACGGAGCUGUUCACUCCCAAGGAGCUGAAGAAGCUGCAGCGUGUGGCAGCCAAACACGAUUCAGAGGCAGACGACUGGCUUCCCACCCUUCUGACCUGCGGCCUGGAUCCCUCUCUGUUCCUGCUCUCUGACUUGUUUCUGACAGUCGAUGGUAAGGUGCUGAAUUACCUGCUGGACUUUGUGAACUGGUCAACUCUAUCCCAGCAGCUAAAAGAAAUAAUGGAGCAGCGACUCAAGUCCAACACCUGGACACCACACCCUCACCAAGAGUGUGUUCCCUCUCUCUUCCACCUUUGUCGGCUACAGAUCCGCCAAGUGUUGGGUUCAGAUGUGUUGAUGAGGACUAACAUUGUGGAGAGCCUCCCUGUGCCCUCUCUAUUACACAGCUGUCUCCGGUUUGAUGACAUUUUACCCCCAUGAUGGAGCGUCAAAGCUUUUCAGCCAUUAGCCAAAUGUUCUGGUUCAGAUUGGAUCAUUGUUUAUACUGGGAAUAAAAGGCGGGGUUUUAUUGAAAUGCGUUAACGAUAAUGGUAUUGAUUUAAAAAAGUAAUAUAUACAUAUAUAAUGUUUUAUAAUCUUUACAUUUUUGUAAAAGAGUUGUCUUAAUAUGUCACAGUAUACAUACUGCAAGGUAACUUUCUGUGGAAGCUUGUGUUACAUUGUAUACCGUGCUUGCACGCCACACAAAUGAAUUCAUCAGUCAAGAAAUCUUUUUUUGGGGGGGAGGGGUCUGUUAAUUGCAAUAAGGAUUGCCUGUUUUCCAGACUACAAUAGAAAGCCCUAACAUUAGC